AUGAGGUGGACAGAUGCUGCUGUCAGCAUGCUGCUGGUCGCUUUCUCCCUGGUGGCCUCCCUUUGCCAUGUCGCAGCGGGUCCUUCAGACUUCGAUGUUCUGGACCCGUGGCAAUACCUGCACAAGGGAGCAGAGACUAGGCUGAAAUUCUUCGAGAACAACCAGACCCUGAGGUCGUACCAGGCCUUUGCUCACCUUAUCAGUGACCCUCACUUGUACUCUCACUUGACUUCAGAAGAUCGUCAAAAUCUGAUCGACAUGUUGAAGGACGAGGUGAUAAAGUCUGCAAUCCAGUCGCUGUCCUAUUUCGCUCCGGAUAUCUACAUACAGACAAUCCUCACAGACUCCAACUCUCAACAAAUCCCUGUCAAGUGGGAGACAGGGCAGGAUCUGCGCUUCGUCGCGAUGCAAACUUGUUGCCUGAGCUCCGAGUUGAUGCCGUUCUGUUAUGUACACAAUGAUACGUCUAAUGUCCCGUGCGAAGUUCAUGUGGAGAAGCUGCUCAUAGACGUCGAGGAGCACAAGAGGCUCCCAAACCCUCGCAGCCGUCCUCCUCGUUACAUGCCAGAUCACUUGGAAGCCGAGUACCUCGAUGACUACGAGAUCGGGCCGGCUUACAAGUAUCGAGACGACAGCGUUCCGAGCAUCUACUACAGCUUCCCCAAGUACGUGCUCGAAGAGCUGAAGCAGAUGGUGAGACGACGACAGGCAGGAACGAAUUACGCGGAUGUCGACGCGAUGUUGUACGAGCUGUUCGAUGACGACAGCGAGGGUGGUGUGUGGGAGACAAUGCAGGGUCAGGACGUGGUGAUAAUCGGCAGUCUGGUGCCGUGGUAUGAGAUCUUUGCGCUAGAGCACGGCGCGAGCCAUGCAUACACGAUCGAGUACAACGAGGUAGACCAUCAUUAUCCUGGCAUCACAACCGUCACGCCCGACGAGUACUGGGGGCUCGGAGAGGGUCGGCAGAAGUUCAAAGUCGGCUUCUCCAUCUCCUCCAUCGAGCACGACGGCCUCGGCCGCUACGGGGACCCUCUUGAUCCUCAAGGAGACUUUCGCGCAAUGAGGCAGCUUGAGGAUAUCUUGGAGGAGGGAGGAAUUCUGCUCCUGGCCAUCCCUGUGGGAAGGGACCUGGUGGUAUGGAACUGCCACAGGGUGUAUGGGGAGUAUAGGUUGACCAAACUUCUUUCAAGAUGGACUGUGGAGCGGAUACUGGGAUUGAACCCAGAUAUGUUGCAAGACACGGUCAUCAUCGCUCCUCAGCCGGUGAAGGAAAUGGGGAUAUCUUACGAUUCUGAUGCUGUCCCGUAG